CAAACCGGCAAUUACCCUCAUAGACAAUGGCGCUAGUGACAAACUGCGGCAAAAGAAGCCGUUUUCUCAUUAUGACUCAUUUUUUUUGGGUUUUCUCAUUAUAACUCAAACUCAUCAAUCUUCACCCCCUCUCUCCUCCUGCUGCUCCUCUCUGCUGCUCAAUUCCCUCUCUUUGUUUCUCUCUAACAGAUAAAGUAAUCAACCAACUUCUCAGAAAAUUGGCUCCAAAUACGCUACAAGCACCCCUAAACUCGCUACAUGGCUUCUUUUCGGUUUUUCCCUCUGAUUUUGCUCUGCAUUUCGUCAUUUUUGUGCCUCUGUCUUGCCGAAGAUCCCUUUGUCUUUUACGACUGGGAGGUCUCUUACAUCACGGCUGCUCCUUUGGGUGUCAAACAACAGGUAAUAGCGAUUAAUGGCAAGUUUCCUGGACCUACUGUUAAUGUGACUACGAAUAACAACGUCGUCGUUAAUGUUCUGAACAGUCUGGAUGAAGACCUCCUCAUUACUUGGGACGGUGUUCAGCAGCGUCGUAAUUCUUGGCAAGAUGGUGUUCUGGGAACCAAUUGUCCUAUCCCUGUGGAUUAUAACUGGACUUACCAGUUUCAGGUCAAGGAUCAGAUUGGGAGCUUUUUCUACUUCCCUUCGCUCAAUUUCCAGAGAGCCGCCGGUGGUUAUGGAGGCUUUAUUAUAAACAACCGGCCUGUCAUUCCGGUGCCUUUUGGGACCCCGGAUGGAGAUUACACUAUUCUGAUUGGUGACUGGUACAACCGAAACCAUACGGAUCUGAGAAAGGCCCUUAAUGCUGGUAAAGACCUUGGAAUGCCAGAUGGAGUGCUCAUAAACGGGAAGGGUCCAUACAGAUAUAACACCACUCUCGUUCCAGAUGGGAUUGAUUAUGAAACUUGGAAUGUCCAUCCAGGCAAAACUUAUCGUAUCCGUGUACACAAUGUUGGAAUCUCAACUACUUUGAACUUCAGGAUCCAGAACCACAAUUUGCUUCUUGUAGAGACAGAGGGGUCAUACACAGUCCAGCAGAAUUAUACUAACUUGGAUAUAUCUGUUGGACAAUCUUAUUCAUUCUUGGUUACCAUGGAUCAGAAUGCAAGCAGUGAUUACUAUAUUGUAGCAAGUGCUAGGUUUGUGAAUGAAUCUCUUUGGAAAAGAGUCACAGGUGUUGCAAUCUUGCAUUAUUCCAAUUCCAAGGGAAAGGCAUCUGGUCCUCUCCCAGAUUCACCAAAUGACUUUUUUGACAAGACGUAUUCAAUGAACCAGGCAAGGUCUAUCAGGUGGAAUGUGUCUGCUAGUGGUGCUCGACCUAAUCCACAGGGGUCUUUUAGAUAUGGCACAAUCAAUGUGACUGAUAUAUAUGUUUUGAAGAACAAGCCACCAAUAACAAUUAAUGGGAAGAGAAGAACUACUCUCAGUGGAAUCUCAUAUGUCAAUCCAUCUACCCCAAUCAGGCUUGCUGACCAGUACAAUGUGAAGGGGGUAUACAAGCUUGAUUUCCCCAACCGGCCACUUACUGGACCAUCUCUAAUGGAGUCAUCUGUUAUAAAUGGUACAUAUAGGGGAUUUAUGGAAGUCAUUCUACAGAACAAUCACACGACAAUCCAGAGCUAUCACAUGGAUGGUUAUGCAUUUUUCGUGGUUGGGAUGGAUUAUGGAGAGUGGACAGAAAACAGCAGGGGUACUUAUAAUAAAUGGGAUGGAAUUGCUCGCAGCACAAUACAGGUAUACCCAGGAGCGUGGACGGCAAUUCUAGUCUCCCUUGACAAUGUUGGAGUCUGGAAUCUUCGAACAGAAAAUCUCGACUCAUGGUAUCUUGGCCAAGAAACAUAUGUAAGGAUUGUUAAUCCAGAGGCCAACAACAAAACUGAGUUGCCAAUACCAGACAAUGCUCUGUACUGUGGCGCACUCAAAUCUAUGCAGAAGGCACAACACCACAAGAAGAAGAAUGCUGCUUCAUCAAUCACCAGUAGAAGAUGGAACGUGUUCUUCACUCUGCAAAUGUUUCUCUUUGCUGUCAUUUUCAUUUUCCACUAAAUUUUCAUGCUGCCAGAACUCUACAAUCUUCGGUGAUGAUAACAAAGAUGAUGGUGGCUAUGAUGGGUUGUCUUGUGCCUGUUGCUGGUGGGGGCAUGCUUUCCUUGAGAGUGACAUUUUCCAGUUGCAAGUGUUUAGGUGUGCAAAACCAAUCCUGUUCAUACGAGUUUUAGCUGUGAUUUUGGCCUGGUGUCUUCCCAACUUUUUUCAGUCCCCAAUUCCUUGUAUUUUGGGUUAUUGGGGGGGGGGGUUAUUUAUCAUUCUUUUCGACCCUAUAAUUUAUGUACCAAUGAAGAUUCUUCACCCAUUUCAAUACCAUUCGACUCUCCAUACCCAAGUUUAGAUGAUGUUUAUAUGCUUCCAAUUCUAGUUCUUUUUCGUUACAGAAUUGAUUUUUAAUUACAUUUGAACAUCUAA